CGGGAAACGCAACAAAUACUUCCAAUUUCCCAUUUUCUGUGCAAAGGCUGAGCUCUGUCAGAACUCGGAAGAGCAGGUGCCCCCAAAUCCCUUCUUCUUCGUCUCCAAUCGCCACCGUCUCCAAAUCCCUAUAAUGAACGUCGCGAAAACGCCGUUCAACGGCUACUCCGUCAAAUUCAGUCCAUUCUACGAGGACCGCCUCGCCGUCGCCACCGCGCAGAACUUCGGCAUCAUCGGCAACGGCCGCGUCCACGUCUUCUCCCUUCCCCCAACCCCUACCGGAGCCCUCACCGAAAUCGUCUCCUUCGACACGGCCGACGGCGUGUACGAUCUCGCCUGGUCCGAAUCCCACGACUCCCUCCUCAUAGCCGCCGUCGCCGACGGCUCCGUCAAGCUCUUCGACACCAACCUCCCGCCGCCGCAGAAUCCGCUCCGGUCCUUCCAGGAGCACACGCGCGAGGUCCACGGCGUGGACUACAACCCCACGCGCCGCGACUCCUUCGUCACCGCCUCAUGGGACGACACCGUCAAGCUCUGGUCGCUCGACCGCCCCACCAGCAUCCGCACCUUCAAGGAGCACGCCUACUGCGUCUACUCCGUGGCGUGGAACCCGAGGCACGCCGACGUAUUCGCCUCCGCCUCCGGCGACUGCACGGUGAGGGUUUGGGAUGUGCGGGAGCCUGGAUCGACGAUGAUAAUCCCCGGCCACGAGGCUGAGAUUCUGUACUGUGAUUGGAACAAGUAUGAUGAGGGCUUGAUUGCCACUUCCUCGGUGGACAAGAGCGUUAGGGUUUGGGAUGUGAGGAAUUACAGGGUGCCCGUUGCGUCGUUGAAUGGGCAUGGAUUCGCGGUGAGGAAGGUGAAAUUCUCUCCUCACCAUCGCAAUUUGAUGAUGUCUUGCUCCUACGACAUGACGGUUUGUAUGUGGGAUUUCAUGGUGGAGGAUUCGCUGGUGGGAAGGUACGAUCACCACUCUGAAUUCGCUAUUGGGGUGGACUUCAAUGUGCUUGUUGAAGGUCUGGUUGCGAGUACCGGAUGGGACCAGAUGGUUUUCGUCUGGCAGCAUGGUACUGAGCCUAGAGGGCCUUGAAAACUUUGGAGGAAUGUGAAAUCAGCUGCACCGAGUUGCUGUAACCCUUUACAUUGGACUGAUCCUUGGGCCCAGAUCUAUGGCUGGAACUUGGGCCCAGCUAACGAUGAAGGCUACGAUCUGAAGCUGGGCUUGAAGGCUAGUAGUUGAUUCUAUAACCAAGGCCCAUGGAGGAACAAUCUAGGCUUCUACUAAAUAUAAUAAAGAGUACUUAUAGUAAGACCAAAAUGUCAGUUUCAGCUAGCUAGUAAUCCAAAGAUGUUGUUAUGUAUAUGCUGUAGUGAAGUUGAUAGAUCGGUUGCACGUUGGUUUCAGUCA